CGCCCGCUCCGGCUCCCCGGGCCCCCUGCCCGGCUGGGCGCUGACAGCAGCGGCGGGGGUCCCCGCUGCCGCCGCCGUGUCCCGCGCAGGCUCGGGCCGGGCCCCGCGGAGCCCCCGGCGCGGCCAUGGACCGACCCCGGGCGGCGUCGGCGGAGGCGGAGGAGGAACUGGAGUGGCAAGUGGCGAGUCGCAGGAGGAAGGCCUGGGCCAAGUGCCGCAGCUCCUGGCAGGCGUCGGAGACGGAGGAUCUGUCCACGGAGGCGACGACGCAGGACGAGGACGAGGACGACGAGGAGGACCUCCCGGGCGCGAAGCUGCCGGCGGCCGCGGGGCGAGGAAACGUGCCCAACGAGAAGAUCGCGAUAUGGCUCAAAGACUGCCGCACCCCUUUGGGAGCCUCACUGGAUGAGCAAAGCGGUGGUACGCUGAAGGGUGUGCUUGUGAGGAAUGGAGGGAGCUUUGAAGAUGACUUAUCACUGGGAGCUGAAGCCAAUCACCUACAUGAACCUGAUGCUCAAGUUGAAAACUGCAACAAUAUCUUGGCCAAAGAGAGAAGACUUCAGUUCCAUCAGAAAGGGAGAAGUAUGAAUUCGACUGGGUCUGGGAAAAGCAGUGGUACCGUGUCGAGUGUCUCAGAGCUGCUGGAGCUUUAUGAGGAAGAUCCUGAAGAAAUUCUAUAUAAUCUUGGAUUUGGACGAGAUGAACCAGAUAUUGCAUCUAAAAUUCCUUCCAGAUUUUUUAAUUCAUCAUCCUUUGCCAGAGGCAUAGACAUUAAAGUAUUUUUGAGUGCACAAAUGCAACGGAUGGAAGUAGAGAACCCAAAUUAUGCUUUAACAAGCCGUUUUCGUCAAAUUGAAGUACUUACUACUGUGGCCAAUGCAUUUUCUUCUUUAUAUUCCCAAGUCUCUGGUACUCCCCUGCAGAGAAUUGGAAGUAUGUCCUCAGUGGCCUCCACCAAGGAGGCAGCAGACUCGCCUCCUCCUCUGACGCGAAGCAACACUGCAAACCGCCUGAUGAAAACACUAUCAAAAUUAAACUUAUGUGUUGAUAAAGCAGAGAAAGGAGAAGGGAGCCCUCCCACCGCUGGCGAGAAAGGAAGGAGUCUAAGUGUUUCACUAUGUGAAGACGGUGGCAAGACUGAUCCCAAGCUCCCGAAAGUUAUAAAGAAGAAGGAGUCAUCCUCAAUGCUGGCCACGGUUACAGAAGAAGUCUCAGGUAGCUCGUCCACCAUCACAGACAGCGCUGAUGCUGACAGACUCUCUGACGAAGCAGACAGUACCAUUAGCCACAAAAUGGAAGGGGAACAAAGCAGAGAAGCUCCAAGUCAGGAGAAUAAAGUGCUCUGGAGGCCUGUUGUCACCGGUGCUGACUCAGGUCACGAUGUGAGCAUGUGCGGCCCAGGUGAGCUGGAGGGCAGCAGUGAGCUGAAAAACACCCAUGCAUCCAGGAGUGAGAAGGAGCCCUGUGCACCCCUGGCCAUCCCAUCCAUAAGAAAUAUAAUGGUGCAGCAGAAAGACUCCUUUGAGAUGGAAGAGGUUCAGAGCACCGAGGGAGAAGCACCUCACGUGCCAGCCACUUGCCAGCUAAGUCUUUCGAAGUCAAAAAGAGAUCAUCUGUUGCGAACUGCAAGUCAGCACUCCGACAGCAGCGGCUUUGCCGAGGACUCCACAGACUGCCUCUCUCUCAAUCACCUGCAGGUUCACGAGUCCCUGCAAGCCAUGGGGAGCAGCGCUGACAGCUGUGACAGUGAAACCACUGUCACAUCCUUUGGUGAAGACCACGUGACUCCUACAGCACAAGACCAGCCGUAUUUUAAUGAGUCGGAGGAGGAGUCUCUUGGACCAAUUCAGAAAGGAAGAGCAAAAGGGGCUGCUGACAAGAGAAAAGCAGAUAACCAAGAUUUCCCUCAGUGUGACACUGCAGAGGACACUGGGAACAAAGAGUCCAUGAGCAGUUCAGGUGACCCUGGCCCUCGGACAACUGAAGCGGAGGAGGGUCCAGCUCCAGCACCCGCCACAGAGCUCUUUUGGGAAGGGAGUGGAGACAGUGAUGUGGAGAGGAGCAGCGAAUGUGAAUUUGCCCAGUACACCACACACCAUAUUCUCAAGUCCUUAGCUUGUAUUGAAGCUCAGUGCAGCGGUGUGAGCUCUGAGAAGAAAACUGAGCUUCCCUCUUCUGUGGACAGAGUGAAUUCUGCCCUGCAGAGAGCUCAGAUGAAGGUUUGCAGUAUGUCUGGACAGAGAGUAGGGCGUAGCCUAAUAAAAUCAGCGGAUAUGUUGAAACAGAGGUACUUGCUUGCAAAAGCUGGCUAUCCUCUGAGAAGGUCUCAGUCUCUGCCCACCACCUUACUGAGCCCAGUCAGGGUUGUGUCUUCUGUCAAUGUGCGCUUAUCUCCAGGGAAAGAGACCAGGUGCAGCCCACCCUCCUUCACCUACAAGUACACCUCUGAAGAGGAGCAGGAAUUAGAGAAGCAAGUGACUGAGCAUGAUGGCCAGUCUUUGGUUAAAUCCACCAUUUUCAUCCCCCCAUCCUCUGGGAAGAGAGAAGCAGCCCCUCAGAGUGAGGGGACCCGGCUGGAGGAGAGCCUCCGGGGAAGGCUUGGCCCCUGCCCAAAGUUUGCUCCCAUCUCCCAGUCCACCUGCUCCCUUCACUCUGCCCACUCUGAGUGGCAGGACAGGCCGCUGUGCGAACACAUGAGGACUCUGAGUGCUCACAGUGUCCCCAGCAUAGCAGGUGCUUCGUGCAGUGCCUUCUCUUCUCCUUUCUGCUGUCCCUAUUCACGUAGGCACGCUGCCCACCCAUACAGGGCAUGCCCUGUGAACCCUCCUUCUGCCAUAGAGAUGCAGCUGCGAAGAGUGUUGCAUGAUAUCAGAAACUCACUACAGAACCUUUCACAGUACCCACUGAUGAGAGGACCCGAUCUCGCUGCUGCUCCAUACAGUGCUCAGAAGUCGUCUAUUCUACCUCUUUAUGAAAACGCCUUUCAGGAGCUUCAGGUGGUGCGGAGGAGCCUCAACCUGUUCAGAACGCAGAUGAUGGACUUGGAGUUGGCCAUGCUACGGCAGCAAACCAUGGUGUACCCUCACAUGACGGAGGAGGACAGGUAUGAGGUCGACCAGCUGCAGGCUCUGCGGAACUCCGUGCGGAUGGAGCUGCAGGACUUGGAGAUGCAGCUGGAGGAGCGCCUGCUGGGCCUGGAUGAGCAGCUCCGCGCCGUGCGGGUGCCUUCACCCUUCCGCUCCUCUGUGCUCCCGGGGAUGUGUGGCAGCCGAAGUGCUGAUAACUUACUGUGCCCAUCUCCACUGAAUGUCAUGGAACCAGUCACAGAACUAAUGCGGGAGCAGUCAUACCUGAAGUCGGAGCUGGGCCUGGGCCUUGGAGACAUGGGUUUUGAGAUUCCUCCUGGAGAGAGCUCGGAGUCCGUCUUCUCUCAAGCCACGUCAGAGUCAUCUUCUGUCUGCUCCAGCCCUUCUCACACCCACAGAAGAUCCAGGGCGCCUUCUGGGAGCAAACCCAGGACCCGCGUAGUAGCCAGAAAGAAGAUAUUCCGAGCCUCCGUGGCCCUGACACCAACUGCCCCGUCUAGAACAGGCUCUGUGCAGACACCGCCGGAUCUGGAGAGUUCUGAGGAAGCCGGAGCAGCUGAAGAAUCCCCGCGGGCUGUGGGACUUACAUCUCACAUGGAGGAAGAGCCCGAGGAUCUCCCGCCCGUGCCAGCGGCUGAGGAAAUGCACCAGAAUGUAGAGCAGGAUGAGCUGCAGCAAGUCAUACGGGAGAUUAAAGAGUCUAUUGUUGGGGAAAUUCGACGAGAAAUUGUAAGUGGACUUCUGGCAGCCGUGUCUUCAAGUAAAGCAUCUGGCUCUAAGUCGGACAGUCACUGAGAGGAGCAUGCUGGGGUUGGGAUGGCUCCCAUUAACUGUAACACUGGUGUUGUCAGUGGUUUCUGCUGGUGGAGGUAUUGUUUAUCCUUUGGAAGAUCCUUCCUACUGAGCUGAGCUGCUGUGCACAUGGACAGUGCAUUUCUGUAUGCAGUGUAUGAUUUCUGCUAUGCAUAAAAAGUUUAAAAACAUACAUAGAAACUUAGGCGUUUUGCUGACCCAUUUCUAAACUAUCAGACUGGCCAUUUGAAAGCCUAGUAUUUAUUUGUUGGUCAAUAUUGUUCCAAUUGAUAUCCUAUGUAGAAUUAAUUAUAAAACUUGAAGAGUCCCAGAUGUAACCAACUUAUAAAUAACAUAUUUCUGCAGACUAGCUUCUACAACACUGACCUCUGUGAGGUAUUUACUGUGCAAUAACAGAUUCAUCUUUUGAGAGCUUGAAGCAACUGAUGACUUUCCCCUCCACUGCUCUUCAUUGGGGUCACUUCCAAGAAGACAAACUGUUGUGUUGUAAAAACUGCUCUAAUUCUUGAGGAAGCUACUGAGAAGCAGCUGGGUAGAUCUCAUGAGGUUCCUGCAACUACUUCAUGUUCUUACACUGUAAACCUGUUGCUUUGCCCCAAACAAAUGUAAUUUCAUGAGAGCUGUGUGCCUCAUGGUAGACAGUGUGUACUCUCUGCAUUGUAAUUUCAUUGUAGCUAUGUGCCUUGGGGUAAGCACUGUGUACUCUGCAUUGUCCGGAUGUCUUACUUUAAAGUGUUUCUUCUGUCAUUUAGACUAAAUGGUAUUGUCAAGAUAGUGGGGCCUAUGACUUGAAUGGAUAGACUAGAACUGAAUAAGCUGGUUUUUCUUUUUCAAAAAUGAGAUUUAGACUUGUUUUUCUCAUGCAUAAAUGAUUUUAAUUCAGUUUUAACCAGUGAAAACUCUUGGUUUUCCUGAAAGAAGAAAGAAAGGAUUUCCUAUCUGGUCUUAUAUAUGUGAAAUAAAUGUAUAAUGUAACAAUCAAAUGUUAUUAGAAAUUAAUCUUUUAGUAUUUGUAAUUUUCAACUCCUAUUAUGUUUCUUUGUGUGAGAAAUUUUAGUCAAAAGUGCUUGAAAUGUUAGCAUUCUUUGAAAGAAAAUCUAAAAGGUUUAUAAAUAUUUGAGCUAUCACACAAAGGCUGAUCUCUUAAAAAAAAUACGAAAAACCCCAUUAAAACAAUAAAGUAUUUAUUUUGCCUAAAA